AUGUCGAGGCUUAAAAGUCUCAUCAAGCGAGCUUCUCUUGACACACGUGCUGUGAUCGAAGAGGAGGAGCCUUCUAAAACAAGUGAGGAGGAAGUAGGCAAGUAUGUGUCCCUAUUAGUCAAGAUACGUUUGAAAGAAGGACAAAAUCUCGCGAUUCGAGAUGCAUCAGGUAGCAGUGAUCCAUAUGUGAAGUUUAAGUAUAAGGAUCGCAUUGUAUAUAAAAGCAGUACAAUAUUCAAGAACCUUAAUCCAAUAUGGGAUGAGGAAUUCCAGAUGCUUGCCGAAGAUAUGACAGCACCUAUCAGUAUCGAGGUGUUCGACUAUGAUCGCUUUUGUACAGAUGACUUUAUGGGAUCUGCAACCAUCGAUAUCAGUCAAGUUAAAUGGUUUCAUCCACUCGAGCAGGUAGUCGAGUUAAAGGACGAUGCUUCACCACAAGAAGAACUAGAAGGACGAGGUUAA